AUGGCCAUCGCGGCCGAUGCCUGCCGAGACCCCAAGAGAGAGGAGGCGGUGGGCAUUGUUAUAGAAGUGCUUUCACCUCUGCUUGAGACUGCGGAUUCUCUGUCUGUGCGACUGCAACGCAACCUCAUGACCGCGCUCACGUGUCUACCGCAGUUACAGGAGUUCGCAGGCCUGCUGCAACCAAUAUUACACAAUAUAGUGACUGAUAUCGUAAGGGACCCGUGGAAGACGGAAUACUUGGGACUGUUUAAGACGGCAUGCCUAGACGAGGACAACCUCGUCGACGUGCUGCAAUAUGGCCUGGCAGCACGGCUGAUACCAGAGGUGCGCAAGUACGAGCGUGCCCACGGCGCGCUUCACGCUAAUGAGGCGCAUGGGAAACGAAUAUGUCAAGUGUUGGAGGCCAUCGGCCUCACCCUGGGUGGGGUGCCGCCAACCCUGUUGUCGGAACUGGGAGGGGACAUCCUCAUACCCAACCUCAAAUACCUCAUCGGGGAACGGCAGAGCACCUCGAGGUUGACACAAUCGCAGGCGCUCAUCUGCCACAUUCUCAUACGAGUCGCCACGGCUGCCAUGAUCUCCAGUCAAUCUGCUUUCGACGAGCUGUGCUUCGGGUUCCACAUCUUUGAUUUGAUGAUAGUGCCCGUCAAGGAAACAAUGGCGGAGCCAUUGGUGCUCGCAGCCGCGCUCAACGCGCUUGCUGUCAUCACCGGCAACCCGGUGAAGGGUGAAACGUUUUCUGCGGCUUUUAUGGAAGAAUUCGAUUCCGGUGUGCUCCUGGCGUACUUGAGGCCGUUGCGAAUGCUAAAAUUAGCAGACGUGUACAAGGAGCACGCUAAGACGUGCAUGGCAGCUAUUGGGAAUUUUAUCGCACACCUGCUUGAACUCUCACGGCGGUUGCCGAUGAUGUAUCAGCUGGUGGACGUCAUGUACGACAAGGGGCUGGCGGUCUUGAUACUAGAUGCACUGUCCCACAAGGAGGCAAACGGCGACGUUAGACGUGCGCUGGUAGGGGCUUUAGUGAGGUUUCCUAUCCAGCGGAUAGAUUCCGGAGCCAUUGCCAUAAUGCUGGACCUGUUGUCCCCAGCGAACUUCAGGGAGUUCGAGCCACAAAUUUUCGAAUACAUAGUCGAUGCCCUCAAACACAAACUGGACAUAUACUCCAUGGAACGGAUAGUUGAGCGCACGUGCUGGUUGCUGCUGGUCACACUGAAGACGCCAGAGGCGGAUCGGUACAAGGUGCUACACGUGAAGUGCGUCGAACUGCUACAGGAAGCGUCUAACAGACCCACUGGCAAAGUGCUCUUCAGAGAGGAGCGCCACGCUCUGAGCCUCAGAAAGGCACUCAAGUACGAAGAAGAUUUCUGCGCCUAUGACCACCCGGAGGUCAGGGUGGAGCUGACCUGCGUGGGAGGUGAUGUCGCCUUCCUCAGCGCAUGCAUGUUCGACACAUUUAGACUUAAGCACGAUUGCAAGCAGAUAUUCCGGGUGUUCAGGACCGUCAACCGUGCGAUCAGCGACGUUCAUGGCAAGCCUGAAAAUGAGCUCAUGACCAUCGAAGAUAUCUGCGCCUGCGAGGUGGGCGACUUCGACGAUGAGCCCCUUGAACCCAAGAUAUCUCAAACUGAUGAGACACGGGAUGAUAACAGUUUGGCGGAAACACCUGAAUCAAGUAUCGCAAACACGGAGGUGCCGCCGAACAAAGGUUUGGCCACACCCACCAACGUGGUGGGCGGCAACCAGGUUGAACAGGGUCGCCUAUUACUCCAGGACGAAGGGCUGCAGAUUGAUUCCAACGUCCACCGCGACCAGCAGCGGCAGCUCUACGUGUCUAUGGACAUGCCGAAGAAGAUUAUGUCAUACCUCAGCGCUUCAUUCUCACCCACUUUCACAGGAUAUUACCAGAUGGAGAGAAAACGCAAGGAACACAGCGAAUACUGGGCCGGGUUACUCAAAGGACGCAAGUUGGACUGCGAACGGCUUAACAUAGUGGACAAAUUCGACUGGAGCGUAGACUGCUCUAACAUAUUCUGUGGAGAAAACCUGGCUGAGAAAUCCCAGCUAUGUGAGGGCAUCAGCAAUGCCAUAUCGAAACCCACGAGGCAGCUUGUGUCAUACGUGAACUGGAAGCAAUGGGGAAGUCACCAGGGGAUGUUGCAUGAUGGAGCUGACCCAUUCUACACAGUACGUCCGAGGAAACUGCUGAACAAAGUGUGGAUAAACGAGUGUAAAAAGGUUAUCAACCCCUGUUUUGUGGUGUCGAGCUUCUUAAGGACCCUACACGCCCUCAUGGCGCCCGGUGUUUCUGCGGUGGUGCGAGAUGCAGUAAGGGGGCACUUCAGGCAGGCAGAUUUCGUUCGGAACCUCAUCAAGCUCACAACCUGCUCAUCGUUUCUAGACGCCAAUAUCGCGGCCAAAAUGUUCAGGGUCUGUGAACGUGCUUUCACCAUCGACGUCUCCGUUCAAGCGGAAUCCAUGGACAUGAUUGUCAUAUACGACAUUGUGUCGCGAUUCGCAGCAUCCUUCUGCGCACCAUUAAUGGAUAUCGUCACUAAUGUCAGCGUGGACUGGGUUGAGAAUAGUAUGCAGCACGUGCAAUUGGUGCUGCUGAGGGUGUUUCGGAUCUUCGCACUUUUCGCAAGGCAGAUGCCGUGGAUCAAGUUCUCAAACGUUCUCGAGAUACAGCAGUACUUUGUCGAGAAAUGCGUCAUACGAUGCGUGCCCGAGCAGGCUCUGACGCUGGCACUCAGGAUACUGUUCCAGAUAGUCUCCCUGGAGACUGGUAGUAGCGUAGGCACCUAUGUAUCCCAUCUCUAUGAAUCCGAUCUGUUGGAACAGAUAAGGGAGGCAUGCGUGGACAUAGCGGUGGCGACGUCCUGUGCAGCCAGGAACACGCACUACUUCCAUGUGCUCAAUGCCAUCAGCGAGCUGAGGCACUCCAGCUCAUUACUGCUUCGUCGAAGCCUUGUUUCCGACAUUUUGCGGCGCAUAAAGCUUGCUGAGCUAGGAAAAAGGUUCCAGGAGCGGAUGUCUGAAACUCGAUUAGAACGCGUUCUUCUGAUGGACGACGCUUGGGUUGUCAAAAAGGGUGGGUCUACGCAGAAUGCACUGGUGGCCGUCACGUCGCGAAACGUACACGUGAUCCGCGCCAAACGUGAAGAUGACUUCAAAAUACAAGCAAAAUUCCGCCCAAGCGCAUCGAUAUGGGAGAUAGAGAACGGAUUAUUAUACGCUGCUUUUGCGCAAGAGUUGGUAGCCGAUACAACAGCCAAAUUAACGGACUCCCAGUGGGCGAUGUUCGCGUUGCGGCAUACCCCGCCCAAAGAAUUCAGGCAUUACGUCACCGCAGGCAACAUUCCCACGUUGGGACGCAUGGCCGCUAAAACGCUGGGGGACACCACCACGUAUCUCGGGCUGUGCCUAUACGACAACCGCAUCUGUCUUGCCGCGCUGACGAAGGACAAGCUGGCAAUUUUCGCCAUCGAUCAUGUCCUGCUGGCGGAAGGUAUCCGCAAUGGCACAUUCACCUGUGGAGAAGACGCUGCGGAUAAUGGGGAGAUGCGCCCAGGCCAACCCACGACAGUCGGACUUAGGCCCAAAUCCGACACAGGGUCAGAUGAAAGUGGAUCCGACGAGUAUUCCAGCGAUACCGAGUCGGAGGACAGGCCGAAAGAACCCAUUGAGCUCUUGGAGGAGUGCUACUGCGACUCCAUCACAAGUGUAGCCUACGGCGACGAUCUCGCGGUGGCAAUCUCUGUGACAGACCCGGACGAUGAAGAUGAGGAAUAUCUGUGGGAACUUAUGUUUGUGUCCGAUAGCCGUCGUGAAGCGUUCAAGAAGGCGCUGGCUGGCUCAAUAGGCCACCUCACUUGGUAUAGACGGUGGGAAAGUGACGCCUCCUAA